AUGCUUCUGCACCAUCUGCUGCCGUUUGUAUUUCUGUUAUUUGCGAGUGGAGUCAAUGGUAUUAUUAGAUACUGGCCACUAGAACCCAUCUGCGAGGAAACUCCUAGGGAUUUGUUGGACUGGUACGGUGUGAGAUAUGUCACAGGAACGGAUGGAAGACCUAUCGUCUACUAUUUCGAAGAUUCUUAUGAGAGCUACGAGGAGAAAUAUUGGGAAUAUUUGGAAACAGCCCUUUGGGAGCUACUUUGGAACUGGCGCCACUAG